UACGAUGGAACACUAAUUUCUCUAAUCCACGCUGAUGAGGUAUCAGGAUUGACGAGCACUGACAAUAUCGAUUUUGAUGAUGAAAUUUUCGUAAAGUCAUUGAUAUAUAAAUCUGAAUAUUUACUAUCAGUGCGUGGUUUAGAGUCUGGAUUUAGUAGAGAUGUGUCUGGUGAGAUAACUAUCGCUCGUGGUCCAAAAAAUUUUGAAAAGUGGUUUAGGCCUACCACUUUACAUUACAAGAUACUUGACAAUAAUGUACAAUUUUUUGCUAAAGGAUUUUCUCAAAGCAUUUUUUAA